CAAACAAAGAAGUUUCACACCCUCGAGAAUGGUGAAAUUCCAGCGAAAAUUAUAAAACCCGUUUUCUCUCUAUCCAAACAGCAGGCAGAUCCGAUUUGCUACGUUCUCAUUCCACUCCAUCCAUCAUUCAGAUCAAAAAGCAGAUUGUAGAUUUCGAGGAUUUUGUUUUCUUUUGUCCUUUUGCGUUUGAAAUUGAGCGAAUCAUAGAUUUUGAGAUCUGGUGAGAUAAAAAUGGCUAUGGUGGAUCAACCUCUGUAUCCGAUUGCGGUUUUGAUCGACGAGUUGAAGAACGAGGACAUUCACCUGAGGCUGAACUCGAUCCGCAGGCUUUCAACGAUCGCGCGUGCGUUAGGUGAGGAGAGGACCAGGAAGGAGCUGAUUCCUUUUCUCUCCGAGAACAACGACGAUGACGAUGAGGUUCUGCUCGCAAUGGCAGAGGAAUUAGGAGUGUUUAUUCCAUACGUUGGAGGUGUGGAGCAUGCAAAUAUGCUUCUUCCACCCUUGGAAACUCUCUGCACCGUUGAGGAAACUUGUGUCAGGGACAAAUCAGUUGAGUCACUGUGUAGAAUUGGAGCUCAGAUGAGAGAACAAGACUUGGUUGAACACUUCAUUCCUUUAGUUAAGAGGCUUGCUGCUGGUGAGUGGUUCACGGCUCGGGUUUCCUCGUGCGGCUUGUUCCAUAUUGCUUACCCUAGUGCACCAGAGGCGUUGAAGACUGAACUUAGAGCCAUAUAUGGUCAACUGUGUCAAGAUGAUAUGCCCAUGGUUAGGAGAUCUGCUGCCACGAACCUGGGAAAGUUUGCUGCAACUGUUGAAGCAGCUCACGUGAAAACCGACAUCAUGUCUGUAUUUGAAGAUCUCACACAGGAUGAUCAAGAUUCUGUUCGGCUACUUGCUGUUGAGGGUUGUGCUGCUCUUGGAAAAUUAUUGGAGCCUCAAGAUUGUGUUUCUCAUAUUCUUCCUGUCAUAGUCAAUUUUUCCCAGGAUAAGUCAUGGCGGGUUCGUUACAUGGUUGCAAAUCAACUAUAUGAGCUCUGUGAAGCUGUUGGUCCUGACCCGACCAGGUCGGAAUUGGUUCCUGCAUAUGUUCGUCUGCUGCGUGAUAAUGAGGCUGAAGUACGUAUUGCUGCUGCUGGGAAAGUGACCAAGUUUUCCCGUAUAUUAAAUCCUGAGCUUGCCAUUCAGCAUAUUCUACCAUGUGUAAAGGAGUUAUCAUCAGAUUCAUCUCAACAUGUUCGCUCUGCAUUGGCUUCAGUUAUAAUGGGAAUGGCACCAGUAUUAGGGAAGGAUGCGACAAUUGAGCAACUUCUGCCCAUUUUCCUUUCUCUUCUGAAAGAUGAAUUUCCUGAUGUCAGGCUAAAUAUUAUCAGCAAGCUUGAUCAAGUGAACCAGGUUAUUGGCAUUGAUCUAUUAUCUCAGUCUCUGUUACCAGCUAUUGUUGAGCUUGCUGAGGAUCGGCAUUGGAGGGUUCGACUUGCAAUCAUAGAAUAUAUACCCUUAUUAGCAAGUCAGUUGGGUGUAGGUUUUUUCGAUGAUAAGCUUGGAGCUCUUUGCAUGCAAUGGCUAAAGGACAAGGUAUAUUCAAUUCGUGAUGCAGCCGCUAAUAACAUCAAACGCUUAGCAGAAGAAUUUGGACCAGAUUGGGCAAUGCAGCACAUUAUUCCUCAGGUUUUGGACAUGAUUAACGAUCCACAUUACCUGUAUCGGAUGACAAUUCUACAAGCAAUUUCUCUGCUAGCUCCCGUUCUGGGCUCAGAGAUUACUUCUUCAAAACUGCUCCCUCUGGUCAUAAAUGCAUCAAAAGACAGGGUACCCAAUAUCAAAUUCAAUGUAGCUAAGGUGUUGCAGUCUCUCAUUCCAAUUGUUGACGAGUCUGUUGUUGAGAACUCGAUCCGUCCCUGUCUGGUUGAGCUCAGUGAGGAUCCAGAUGUUGAUGUGAGGUUUUUCGCCUCUCAAGCCAUACAAUCUAGUGAUCAAGUCAAGAUGUCCAGCUAGAUCAAUCUGCAUAUUGUCUAGUUAUUUCUUACUAAUUUUUUACGAUUUCUUAUGUAAUUGGCGUCAAGCCAACUUUCUCAAUCCUUUGUAUCACAUGUCAUUGUGGAGAUCCGUCUUUGCUUUGGUUCUAUCUGAUAAAUGUACUACGUGGUUGUCCUUUGUAGUGAUGCUAAAUUGUCCACAAGUGGGAUGAGUUUUUGACAUAUAAUCACUAAUUCUAUGAUUUACGUGAUUAGCUUUGACA